AUGGCCGCGUGGAGCGAAGUCCUUUGCGAUGAAGCGUUUCUAGCUAUCAAACAGCUGUUUGUCUGUGGAAGUGAGGAAACGGACAAUCAAAAACUUAUGGGGCUUGCGCCCGACCCAGUGCAAGGACUGGAUCUGGAAAGCCUUUGUCUCAUUCUCAGAACGGCGCAUACCGUCGCUAAGAAGCAAUCGGAAAAGUUCAGCGGGCUUUAUCACUUUAACAGUGGUAGCGCCGUCGUUCUCGCGUCUCCGUUCGACAUUUACUGA